AUGUCGAACCAAGAAAAUAAUCAACAGUUGAUCGGUUGGUCCAAGAUUGUCAUGAUCAACACAGGAUUUUGGAAGCGGCCCAUAAGCGAAAUCAAAUCAGUUCAACUAUGUUUCCAAGUUUAUUCAGUUUUGGCCAAACUCGCUUACAUUUCACUUUGGAUUCUUACAACGGUUGAACUUAUCAGAAUGUUUUUGAAUGACUAUCCAGAUCAAAUCAAAUUUCAAGCGUUAAGCAUUGUAGCUAGUUGUACAAUAAUAGGUUCGAAAACGUUGAUUUACCUUAAGUAUGACGUCAUGGAGAUGUUCCAUGAUGUUAUUGAAAAAGAAAAGGAAGUGUGGAGAUCAUCAAGUGAAGAAAUUAAAAAUCUUUAUCGAGCUAAAAUUCGCGUUUGCAAAGCUUAUAUGUUGACUUUAUGUGGAUUUACAGCUAUAUCAUUAAGCUAUUUCGAACUAGCAGGUGCAUUUGCAAUGGUUGAAUUAAAACACCAGAACUUGAUAAGUAAUCAAACCAUUGAGCCAAACUUUAUGUACCUAACAUUUUUUCCAAGAGACAAACUUGGUAACUUGUAUUUAACAUUUAGCUUGCAGACAAUAUGGUCAUGGGCUGGCUUUAAUUUCAAUGGUAUGACUCACAUGGUUUUUUUAACAUUAGUCAGCUAUUCUGCUUCACAGUUGGAGAUGUUGCAAGUGAAACUUAAAAACUUUAUAGGGCCUGGCGAUUUUAUUGCCGAUGCAAAAUACAAUGAGACAAUUUCUGUUUUAAAAAACUUAAUUGAUGAACAUAAGUAUAUCAUCGGAUUUGUUCAACAUUUAAAUGAUUGUACAAAGUAUGUCAUUCUCAUGGAAUAUGGUUUAAGUUCGCUGAAUAUGGCGUCAGUAGCCCUGAAUUUAAUACAAAGUGAAGCUGUUGCCGACGCUUUGUAUGAUAGCAGAUGGCAUCUACUUAAAAAAGAUGGAAAGCAAAUGGUCCAGAUAAUGAUAGCACGCGCUCAAAGACCAUUAACUUUGACUAUUGGAAACUUUGGACCUAUGACAACUAAUUCCGCCGUUUUGGUUGUGAAAGCUGCUUAUUCAUAUGUGAGCGUAUUCAAUUGAAAUAUAUGUCAUCGAGACGAAUAUUCUUCUAAUUAAGUUAAAAUGCACAGACACUUUUGUAGCUUUAAAUUGUCAUCAGAUUUAUCAAAUAGAAGCAAAUUUUAACAAAAAUUGCAAUUACGGAGAGCACAAUAGAUUAAAUAUAAUUGUCAGGAUUUCAU